AUGAAGGCCUUUGUUGUGUUCGCCUGUCUGGCAGUGGCGACGGCGCGCGCCGGAAUCGCGCACGGACCCGGCUAUGCCCUGGCCGGAGGUCAUGGCGGUUACGGAGGCGGCGUCGGCCUCGCGGGAGUCGGCCUGGUCGGCGGAGGUGCUAGUCUCUCUGGUGGUCUGGCAGCUGGUGCUGGCAGCGCGAGAUCUCUCCAAGAGGGUGCCUCCAGCUUGGGAUCCUCCGCUCUUGGUGCCAGCUACGCCGCUGGAUCCGCGGCGGCGGCUGGAGCUGCUGGUGUUCAACAGAUUGUCUCUGGUGGAGUGAUCGGUGGCAGGGCUGACAUUGGACCUGCCGAGGGACCCAAGGCUAACGUUGGACCCCAGAGCGGACCAUCUGACAGCGUUGGACCCCAAGAAGGUGCCAAGAACGUAGGUGGACCACGUACCGGCCCAGCUGGCCUCGUAGGACCCGCAACCGGCCCAUUCACCUCCGUGGGUGCAUCCGCUGGUACCUCCACCCUCGUUGGACCGUCCCAGGGAGCCGCUAACUUGGUAGGACCAUCCGUGGGAGUCGUAUCUUUCUACGCCGGAAGUGGCAACAUCAACGGUGACGACGGAAGCUCUGGAUCCGCUGCAGCUGCCGCGCCUGGUGGCCUCGCUGGUCCAGCUCUCGGCCUCGGUGGUGCUGGUGCCAUCGCUGUUGUGGGUGGUGGUGCCGCCGGAUACGGCGCUGGCCUUGGCGGACACGACGGUGGUGUUGCUGUGAUCAACGGACCGUCUGGCGCCAUCCACGCUGGACUCGGCUCUCACGGAGCUAUCAUCCCCGGGGCACUCGGCAAGUACUAG